UGCAGACUUUCCGACCCCACUCUCAUUGGGAGAGAGAGUCAUGAAGCUUCAGAUUGUUGUUUACGUGUCUUCUUCAGAGAACUUGAGUCGGCCGCCAACGCAUAUAAAUUGCCAACAAGAACCAAAUCACACGGCGGACGGCUGAGAACUAGCUGUUACGGUUGAAGUAAACUUGGUAGUGUUUUUCUAGCAUUUUGCUCAACUUCUUUGACAACAAAACUUAUUUGUUUACCCACUCAAAACCACACACACACACGCACGCACGCACGCACACAGGUGCACACAACUCUAACUCCCUCCCCCAAAGAGCCACAACAAAUAAGAAAAGUACAAUGAAUAUACAUAUGAACGCCAAUACGCUUAAGUACAUUAGUCUCCUAACACUAACACUACAGAAUGCGAUCUUGGGCCUUAGCAUGCGUUAUGCCCGGACCAGGCCGGGUGACAUCUUUCUCAGUUCGACGGCUGUAUUGAUGGCCGAAUUUGCCAAACUAAUCACUUGCCUGAUUCUGGUCUUCAAUGAGGAGGGUAAAGAUGCGCAAAAGUUUGUUAGAUCACUGCACAAGUCGAUCAUCGCGAAUCCCAUGGACACGCUGAAGGUGUGCGUGCCAUCGCUGGUCUAUAUAGUACAGAACAAUUUGCUAUAUGUGUCGGCCUCGCAUUUGGAUGCGGCAACGUACCAGGUGACAUAUCAAUUGAAGAUUCUAACCACGGCCAUGUUUGCGGUGGUUAUCCUGCGUCGCAGACUACUCCAAACGCAAUGGGGAGCUUUGGUCCUGCUGGUAAUGGGCAUUGUGCUGGUUCAACUGGCUCAAACCGAUGGCAGUGGGGCAGGAACUGCGGCGACAACGAGUGCCUCGUCGGCGGCGAAAGCAGCAAGUGGAUUAGCAGCACCGGAUGCGGCAGCCUUAGCUGGUCCUGUACAGAAUCGUAUGCUUGGUCUGUGGGCCGCAUUGGGUGCUUGCUUCUUAUCUGGAUUUGCUGGUAUUUAUUUCGAAAAGAUUUUAAAAUCGGCCGAUGAGAUCUCAGUGUGGAUUCGUAAUGUGCAAUUGAGUUUGCUUAGCAUUCCAUUUGGCUUAAUCACAUGUUUCCUGAACGACGGCAGUCGCAUCUACGACCAGGGAUUUUUCCAUGGCUACGAUCUAUUUGUGAUAUAUCUCGUCCUGCUCCAAGCUGGCGGUGGACUCAUUGUGGCCGUUGUGGUCAAAUAUGCGGAUAAUAUACUUAAAGGCUUUGCCACAUCCCUGGCCAUUAUCAUCUCGUGUGUGGCCUCCAUUUACAUAUUCGAUUUUAAUCUCACUCUCCAAUUUAGUGCCGGAGCAGCCUUAGUCAUUGCGUCCAUAUUCCUGUAUGGCUAUGAUCCAGCCCGUUCGGGAUCGAAACCAAUGUCUGCAUCCCUUUCGAAUAGUUCGGCUGAGGAGAAGCUACUGCCGCGCGUCUAAAAGAAACAAACAAAAACCAAAACUCGCCCAAGUGCCGAAAACAAUUUAUCAACAGUAUUCGAUUGUCGCUGCACCCCUCACUCGCACCCUCCCGCCCCCCCAACUUCCUUCCAUCGACCCCAACAACAACAACAACACAAACACAAAUGUUUAUAAUUAAUUGUAAUUAUAUAUAUAUAUAGAAAUUAUAUAUUGAUCGGUUUUUUUCGGGAAUUUGGCCGCAUUCCUAGUUAUUAUGUUGUAACUAUAUAAUCCAAUUGCCCGACAAAAAAGAAAUCUCAAAUCUGUGGGCCUUUGUUUCUCUUUCUUUUUUGUGUCAUUGUUUGUGAAUAAAAAGAAAUUAUCAACAACAAAAAUGAAA